AUGGAGGCUCCAAGAAAUCGAAAGCAGCGCCGUGCUGCCGCAGCGAGCAUGACUACAGCUUCAGAGGAGCCGGAUAUCCCCCUCGCCCUUCCAGAACGCGGCGAUCCGAGCAGCAAGAGCAGCCAACCAACGUUAUAUGACAUCAUUGAGAAGCGCCAAAAAGAGCUUCUCAAACAACAAGAAAGCCUGGGGAAGGCAAUCCCACCGGCAUUGGGCAAAGGACUACCCUCAAAACCGACAGCCACUCGAUAUGUGACCGUCGACGCGUCGGGAAACCUGGUGGACACCGACGGCAAUGUGGAAAACCCGACAUCCACGGGGGCACAGAAAGCCAAACCAGGCCGCAAAGUACAGCCAAAAGACAAUAACGACGACCCCGAACUCCAAAUAGACAAGCCAUUACCCCCGCUACUCGAUACCAUUCUCCUUGCUAUUCCUCUCACGACCCUCCACCUGACCCUGGCCUACCUCGCCGCACACCAGUAUGCCGAAUCGACCAACGUCCCCGGCCUCAUCAAAGAAUCGAUCUUUAUUACCUUACCUCUCCUCACUUUCCUCGUCCACUUCGUUCACGGCCAUAUCGUCUCUUUCAACCUCCAUACCAGCCUAGGCUUCCUCGCAGCCCAGCCAGUCUCGGUUCUCCCACUCACUCGCGACAAGUUCACAUUUUCCUUCCUCCGACGGCUGCUCUUCCCGCCAACACUCCGAACUAUAAUCCUGCUUCCCAUAUCAGUGAUACUGGGAGCUCAUCUUAUUACCGUUACGAACGGGGAGCCAUACUAUGCUGUUAUGAAGAAGGCGCCUGCUUAUGGCACUAUGUGGAUAUGGUGUAUCUUGGAGAUGUCCUUUGGGCCGGCGGUUCUUGGGGCGCUGGGACCAUUGUAUUGGGGUGUUUACUAUAUGGGGUAUAGCAUUUUGUGA